AUGGGUUUGAAAAAGUGGCUCAGUCUCUCGACGUCGCAAGCGAUUGGACCCCACGGCAAAGACGACGACGACGCGGACGACGUCGUCGAGGCACACGCGUUCGCCCCGUCGCAGUCCCACCCCCAGCAACAACAACAACAACAACAGCAGCAGCAGCGGCGACAGCGACUGCAACAAGAGACGCCCCGUCGCCACACAGCGUGGGAGGCCCAACCCGAGAAGCGGCGCGGGCGUACCCAACACGUCCCGACGCGCUGCAGUGUCGUGCGUCGCGCGCGCCCGACGGACGCGUGGGACCGCACGCAGCGCGUCUGCCCCACGUCCAUGGACGGACGACACUGUCCAGAGACCGACUCGAUGUGGUCGAUGCACACGGCGCUGCAGUCUCCGCCUGUCGCGCAGCUGCUCGAGGCGGAAGACGACUCGGACGUGUCCAUUGGAGCAGACGACGACGACGACGACGACGACGACGACGGGUUCGUUCUGGCAAACGUUGUGGCUGCUGCAGUGCCUAUUGGUCUUUGGUCGAGGGCGCGAGAGGGCCUCGAAAAGAGGGACCAGAGCGACACGCGUCGGUUCUCGUGGAAGACCGUCUUGAGUCAAGCCGCAAAGACCGACGUGGGGACGACGCGCGUGGUGCCCCGAGGGGUGGAGCUUGAGAUUAGUGCCCCUGACGCAGUCAGUGGCACUGGCUCGUCGACACGGACGAUGGCUGCAUCGUCGGACCAGCAAGCGCGUGGCAAGCGCGCCCUGUACAAUUCCGACGUGGCGCUGCAGCCGCAGGACGACGAGAUGGGCGUCGUGAUGCACGGCUGGCUGGAAAAGUGCGGCCAGCAGUUCAAGACGUGGAAGUGGCGGUUCUUUGUGCUGCGGAAUGACGGCGUGCUGUCGUAUUAUACGGACGAGAGUCUCAAGAAACUAAAAGGGUCGAUCGACGUGCGAUGCGGGAGCAAUGCCGACGUGUCGGUGCAAACCAAUGCCAUGGACAAGGCGUUUGUCUUUCUCAUUGCAACGUCGCAGCGUCACCUCAUGAUCUCGGCACCGUCAAAGGUGAUGAUGAGCAAGUGGAUUGCCCGACUUCAUGCUGCAGGCGCCGUUCCUACCGAUGCGUGGGAUCCGCUCAACAAGACUGUCACGUUUUACGUGCACGACACAAAGAUGAACCACGAGUGGAAGCGCUGCGACGAUCCGACGUCGCAUAUUCACAUGGAAGGCUUUUUGCUCAAGAGGGGCCACGUGAACAAGAGCUGGAGAAAUCGCUUCUUUCGGAUCGAAAAGGGCGAGCUGCGGUAUUACACGGAGAAUCAGAACGUGCUCAAGGGGUCCGUGCCGCUAAAAGACACGAUCGUUAGUCCUGGUAUGGCGCAGUGCCCUGAUGGACGGAAGAACUACUUUGUGCUGACAUCCAAAGACGGCAAAUUCGAGAUGCACUUGAACGCACGGGACGAAAACUCGAUGCAUUUGUGGAUUGAAGCGCUGCAAGAAGCACAGACAGCGCUAAGCAGGAUGGCAGGUAGGAAGGGUACUGUGGCCGGCUUGUCUCUCGUGCUCAAGCGCGCAGAUGAGAUCCCUCUCGGCAAGAUCAGUGUGCUCUUCCGAAAGCCCGAAGAUCUCAAUAUUGAGAUGCAGAGACGCACAGAAGCUCUCAUUGUGGCGUACAGUCCGAACGAUUGCGCUGUUGCUGUCGGUAGCCAGCUCGUUUCGAUCGAAGGUCGCAGUAUCCUCCGCAAGACGUACACAGAAGCACGCAAGAGUCUGCGUGCGUCCUCGUUCCCGCUUCAGCUGGAGUUCCUCCUGCCGCCGUGUAAGCGUGGCGUGCUGAUCAAGAAGUCCCGCUCAGGCUUUGAGAACUGGAAGAAGCGUGUGGUCGUUGUUGCGAACGGCGCGAUUCGCUACUACAAGCAAGUGUUGUCACAGAAUGAAGGCAAGAAGGCUCCGGCUGAGCUCAAGCACCGCAAGUCCUUCUCGCUGUACGGCUGCUAUUUGAACCUGGUACAGAUGCCAGGACGCGAGAUGUGCAUUGUCGUUGCGCGGUCACCCUCAGACAAGCUGGUGUUGGAGACUCGCACGGAGGAAGAACGAAUGGAGUGGGCCAGUGUCAUCUACUGCAGUAUCCGCAUGGUCUCACAGGGCAUCACAUCGGGUCUUAUUGAGAAUUUACAGCUGGAAAAGCCACGAAGGUCAUCAGAGCGUGCAAAAGCCGCUGGACUCGAGAGCAAUCUCGAAGACCGCACUACGCAACGCAAGUACUAG